GACCAACAUGACCCCAGAGGUCAAACAAACAGGCAUCUACUCCAGACACUUGCUUACAUUGCUCUAGAUAGUAAGUCAUAGCGGUACUUUUUUAUAUUCUCCUCACUGCACACUUUCUUAUUUCACCAUGGACGACGAUGAACUUGUCUUCAGAGCCAAGCCGGCCAGUGGCUUGACGAAGUUGAUGCAGCUGCGUGAAUCCAACCUCUCGCUCGGGAUAGCGGAGGUCAGGCUCUCUUCGGCCUCGCCGGAUGCUGCGGAGAAAUCGUUUGCCCUGCCAGUGGAUACCGCCAUCCUCGAUGACGACGACGAGGGCCAAGGCUACAGAACUUAUCCGGCGCCGCCGAUCCGCGCGCCCAUCUCACCGCGAAGCUCACGUCUCCGCUCAAUGUCUCAGUCUGCGCACGGAAUGGAGAGCUUGUCAUCUUCCAUCCCUUACUCGAUCCCCGGCGGGCGUGCCCACGCGCCGCCUGGCACCCCGAGUCUGUUGUCCCAGACGUCGUACGUGCCGAACCUCGCGAACGGGCAGCCAAUCCAGUCGAUUCUUAUCCAGUCACCGGACGUUAACCCGCAGAAGAUUGAAGCGCGCUUUGUCAUUUCUAAACAGAAGGUUGCGGGGAUCCAGGCGGCAUCCGCGCUGUUCCUCAGCAGCAGCUUGCAGGCGAGCAGCUCAAGCCUCAAGCCGGGCACCGCAUCGCCGCAGCCAGGGCUGUACGGCAGCUCGCGCCUGCGCAAUAGCUCUCACUCUAACAUGGGCAGCUACUUCAACGGCAAGUCUGACUUGAUCUCCAGCUCGCCAGUCUCGACAUCCUCCCAGGAGUCCUCGACCCGCCACUCGUCGAUGGCCAACUUGAAGCGGUUUUUCAAGCGCGGGAGCUCCGGCUCCGCCUCGUCCAGCAACGCCAGCGGCAGUCUCUCGGGUUCAUAUGGUACCAACCCGAUCCCCGUGUCGUAUCCGUCGUUACGCGCGAACGGAAACCCCACCUACGGCGGGAUAUCAUCCUCGCCCGUGGCAUCCUCACCUGUGGUGCAAAGCGGCUUCUCCAUCGGCUCUACGUCGUCCCGACAGUCUGUCGCCUCGGGGUCCUACUCGUCGUCCAUGAUGAUGAGCCAGCUUCCAGCAAACAGCAACAACUACCCGACGAGCCAGAACCCACUCCCGUUUCUGAAGCGGUACGGGAAGUUCGGAGAGAAUUUGGGUGCUGGCGCCGGCGGCAGCGUGAAGCUCGUCAGACGCCUUGCCGAUAGCCAAGUGUUUGCGGUGAAGGAGUUUCGCCAGAAGUACGCGACGGAGCACAAGCGCGACUACGUCAAGAAGAUCACGGCCGAGUACUGCAUCGGGACAACCUUGUCCCAUCCCAACAUCAUCGAAACGGUCGAGAUCUGUUACGACAACGAGCGCAUCUUGCAGGUCAUGGAGUACUGCGACUACGACUUGUUCGCCAUUGUCAUGAGCGGCAAGAUGGACCAGCCGGAAAUCAACUGCUGUUUCAAGCAGAUCCUCUCCGGGAUGAAAUACCUCCACGCGAUGGGGCUUGCGCACCGCGACUUGAAGUUGGACAACUGUGUGAUCGAUGGCCAGGGCGUGGUGAAGAUUAUUGACUUUGGCUCUGCGGUCGUAUUCUCCUAUCCGUUCAACAAAACGUUGAUCGAAUCGCACGGGAUUGUGGGCUCUGACCCGUAUCUCGCCCCGGAGGUCUGUGUGUUCCACAAGUACGACCCGAGACCGGUGGAUGUGUGGCUGAUGGCGAUGAUUUUCUGUUGUAUGACGUUGAAGAAAUUUCCAUGGAAGAUCCCAAAGUUGUCAGACAACUCUUUUAGGAUGUUUGCGACGAGGGGAGACGACAAGAUCCCGUUGAACGAGGUGUUGAAGCAGAUGCCGCUGCCGCCGCAGUAUGGGAUCGACGCGGAAGCCAAGGCCGGAGACGAACCAGAAGCCAACGAAGCUUCGCCGUCGGCAGACGUGCACGGCGCCCUCGACGAGUCCGAAACCAAGCCUUCUGCCACGUCUGCGGACGAAGCGAAAGAUCCAAACGGGAUGCCGCACACCUCCCUGCUCACCGGCCCGAUGCGUCUCCUCAAUGCGCUUCCCAACGAGACGCGGCCGUUGAUUGGGCGCAUGGUGGAGUUGGCCCCGGCGUGCCGCAUCUCCAUUGAGGAGUGCUUCAACGACGAGUGGUUGCUGUCAGUGCCAAUGUGCACGGUGGACUACCAGUUUGACCACACGAAGGGUCUGGUGAGCGCGUGUGUCGUGCAUGUUGACGGGCACCACCACACACAGGUGGAUCAGAGUGAGGCGCACAUUGCCGCGUUGGAAAGAAAGAAGAAGGCAGGGAAGUAGAGCAUGCUCGAACUAGGGUCCGUAUGUGCGCGCUAGUACCGUUUGGAAAGGCAGCACUUGUGGUUAGCGUCCCCAACCAUGGUACGGGGUAUAGCACAGGUAACGAACGUAUAACAUUAAUGCCAAAAAGCGGCAUAUCUUUAAAUUGUGUAGAUAAUGGCAACUGGGGUCUCGAGGAGAGAGAAUAUGGUGUAAGGUAAUCAGGUGCGACCAUGAGAAGGCAGUCGCAAAUACGAUGCGCA